AAAAAAGCUGAUUCAUUAAAUACACCUUACCCAAAGCUAAUGACACCUAAUUUGAACAAGUGGAAAGUUGAACAACUUAUUGAAAAAAAAGCUGAUUCAUUAAAUAUGCCUUACUCGAAGCUCAUAAUGUCUAAUUCGAACAAA